CAUUUGGAUUUUUCCUAUGGAGGCUGCAUUCGGAACAAGAAAUUUUAGCAAUCUUAAUUCUUCAGAUUCGGCAAUAUCUCAUCAACGUUGGAGUCCUUACGCUUUCAAUGGAGGAACAAUUCUUGCUGUAGCUGGAGAGGAUUUUGCCGUUAUUGCAGCUGAUACCAGACUGAGCGAAGGGUUUGCUAUUCAUACACGUGAUUAUCCAAAAACCUAUCAAUUGACUGACAAAACUGUCCUAGCUUGUGCUGGAUUUCAUGGAGAUGUCUUAACGAUGACUAAAGUUAUGGAUUGGAGACUAAAGAUGUACGAACACGAUCAUCAUAAGAAAAUGUCAUCCUCAGCCAUUGCAGCCAUGCUAUCAACAAUGUUAUAUUACAAACGAUUUUUUCCGUAUUAUGUCUACAAUAUAAUUGGAGGGUUGGAUGAAAAUGGAAAAGGUUGCGUUUAUAGCUACGAUCCUGUGGGUUCGUAUGAGAGAGAAGUUUUCCGCGCAGCUGGUUCAGCAGGAGCUAUUUUGCAACCACUUUUAGAUAAUCAGAUUGGUUUUAAGAACCAAACAGGCGUUACUCAUGUUCCACUAAGUUUAAAUAAGGCAUUGGAAUUGGUUAAGGACGUGUUUAUUUCAGCAGCAGAAAGGGAUAUUUAUACCGGUGAUUCACUGAUAAUCAACGUGGUAACAAAGGACGGUGUAAAAGUUGAUAGAUUCCCAUUAAGACGUGACUAA